CUUUGUUUUCAUUCAUUUUUAAUUAGCUAGAAGUAAUAAAGGAUCAAUAAAUAGGAUUAAGCUAAUUUAAUUAAAAAAAACUUAAAAUAUUUUAAGUAAGAAGUGAAAUGGCCCCAAGAAGAAGACCUAGCGGUGGUCUUUUAGCAAGAGUCAAUUUUCCACUUUAUGCCGUAGAAAUGUUAACGAGUCGUCAUGUCCUUGUUGCUGGAGGAGGAGGUUCGAGUAAAACAGGAGUAGCAAAUGGUUUCGAAAUAUACGAAAUAUAUCAUGACGGAAGUAAAUUUGUUGCUGAGGAGGUCAUUCGACACGAAACUGGUUUAAAUGUAGUAAUGAAUUUUGCUGUGAAAAAUGAUGGAAAACGGUCAUAUUUAGUUGCUGGGCAAGAAUCUCAUUCCCAGAUGUAUUAUGUUAAUCCAAAAAUAUUGGUUGAGGGUGAGGAGGGUGAAAAAUUACCAACACACCAUAGUAAUGGUGUAACACAAAAUGGAAAAAUUAGGCGAAGGUUAAAUAGCGAAAAAAGUAGUGGCGUAGAAAAUUUACAAGAUAAACCUAAAAUUAAAUUAGCAAAUGGUGCUCAAAGUGCAAUGAAAAAAAUUACAUUCGAGAUUAAACCUGGAGAUUCUGUACAAACCGAUUUUUUGCCAAUAGAACCAUUACAAAAAGUAGUAAAAAUAUCUCCCAAUGGCCAUUGGAUGAGUACUGGAGGAACAGAUGGUUUUUUGAGGAUAUGGAAUUUUCCACAAAUAAUUAAACAUAAUGAAAUAGCAGCUCACACGAAGGAGAUUGAUGAUAUUGAUUUUAGUCCUGACUCAAAAUAUAUAUGUUCGAUAGCAAAAGAUGGAAAAGGUCUUGUUUGGAAUUUACUUAAAGGAAAACUUCAUCAAAGUUUGGAGUGGCCGACACCAAAUAGUGCCAAGUAUAUAUUUAAAAGAUGUCGAUAUGGAACAAUUGAGGGAAAUAAAAAUGAAUAUCGAUUAUUUACAAUUACCAACCCCUUGGGAAAAGUAGGUAAACAAAAAGGAUUUCUUCAGCAAUGGGAAUGUGAUAGUGGCAAAAUAAAAAUUGGUGUAGAAAUCAAUGAAAGUUUAGCUUCGUUAGCAGUCAGGGAUGAUGGAAGAUUUGUGGCCAUUGGUACAAUGUUCUCAGGAAGUAUCUCAAUAUAUGUUGCAUUUAGUUUACAGCGUGUACUUCACAUUCCAAAUGCUCAUUCUAUGUUCGUAACAGGUUUAGCAUUUUUACCAGUAACAAAUCAAGAAGGUCCACCAAUAUCAAGUGACACUGAAGCUGCGGUUUUAUCCAUAUCUGUUGAUAAUAGGGUUUGUGUACAUAAACUACAAUAUAGACAAACGUUACCAGCUUGGGUUGCGACUAUAUUUAUCUUCGCAGUCUUGAUAGUAUCUUUUAUUCUGUGCUCAUAUUUAGGGAUAUAAAUUAAGUAGCUGAAUUUGAUAACAUACUUUAUUUAACUGAAAAAUGGACUUGCUGCGAAAUUUAAUUAAGCAAUAAAUUAUCGAUAAAAAACAGA